AUCACACUGCCCCUGUCCGGCUGUUACACAGUACACGCUCACGAGCAGGAAAACAAAGAUCCGGAGAUGCGCGUGUGGAUUUACCGGAGAGAACAACAAAAGAAGAAAGACGAAAAUUAUGUCUGAUCAAAUCCUCACGGAUGUGAAGUUCGUGCGAGACACAUUCGGUUGAAGAUUGAAAGCCCUCUGUGACCCUUCUGCCUGGCCAGGUUGCAUUAGUUAAAACAUAAAAAAACAAUCAAGAUGUCUGCUCCAGAGACUCCACAACUACCUCCAAAACCUGAGGUUAAACAGAAACCCCAGCUUCCUAUAAAGCCCUCCAAUAAUGCCUCUGACACCACAUCUGUGGACAGCACAGCCUCACAGAGUUCUGGGAAUGUAAAAAAGAUUGUCAACAAGUUCAGCCUGCAAGAGGCAGAAAAGAUUCCAUGUGGAGGUACACCAAAGAGCUGCAGCAUGGACCAGAGACCACAAAAACCUCCAACAGUAAAGCCAAGACGCAAAGUCAAGAGUUCUUCUAUGACCAGUGCUAACAAUGCACCUCCUCUUCCUCCAAAAACAAGGCAAAAUCACACUGGACAGAAAGAAGAGGUGGAAUACAAAGAGGCUUCUGCACAGAGUAGGCAAGAAGGAGGCUUAGCUGCUGUUAUAUUUGAUGGAGGCCGAUCAGCUCCUGAUGGGAAAGAGGGUGGCAGACUGCGAGCAGAACGGGAUUCAAGCCCUCUCCCAGAGCCUCAGUGUGAGAAGAACUGCAGCUGUGUGUGUCACCUGCAGAGGCAUGGCAUGAAGCUUGUAUGGGUGCCAAUAAGUGAAAAGGAGGAAGAUGAUGGUGAAGAUGAAGAGAUGGGGUCGGAUCUUGAGAUUGAGACCAGUGACAUGGAGGAUCAGAACGAAAGAGCCGGAGAGAGAGAAAGUGAAGCUGGAGAACAGGGCAAGUCAAGUAUGGAGGUGGAAUCUUUGAGUGAAUCUUUAGCUGAGGGUGAGAACAAAGCAGAGGAACCGGUAAAUAAUAAAGACAAGUUUCAAGAGACCCGCAACCUCAUAGAGCAGCAGCUGAGGAGGAAAUCAGACCCUGGGCCUCAAACGCUGAUCGCCUCUGUUGUCCCGUUUCCCCAGACCCCUCCAAACGUCCCAGAAGCCCAGUCUAUGGACGAACAAGAGGAAUCCAUAUAUGACAUUAGCCUAGAUUUAGUCACUUCACCCAGACUGCAAAAGGGGUUAGACAAUGUGACAAGCAAGCACACCCCUCCAGCCAUACCUCCUCGAAAGCCUUUAGAUAACAGGUGCUCCCCUCGUCUUGUUAUGCCUCCGCCACUAGCACGCCCUGCUUCCCCUCUACUGCCCCCUACCAAAUGCAGCCCACCUUCCAGUCCUCGACCACAAAGAGCUCCACCACCACCACUAUCCAAGACCUUUGAAAAUGGCAGACGCCUCAGCAGUUAUUCUCUGCGGUCUAUAGAUGAGAAUGACAGUGCAGGGGCUAAUGGAGAAAAAUGUGGAACCAAUGAGAAACCUCCACGUUUACCAUGUCCGCAACAAUCUGUUGAUUUGGAAGCCGGAAUGGAUGAAGACUUCUUGUAUCAGUUUUACACAAAAACAUUUAUAUCUAAGGAGAUCAGGAGGACAGUGUGUCGUAACAUCAGUAAGACCAGCAUAGACUUCCAGAUGGAUCCACACAAUACAGUCAGCUCAGAGAAAGGCGCUGAAGGUCCCAGAUUCAGUCCCGUUCCAACUCUCAAGCAGAACAGUUUGUGGCGGGAGCAGCCAGCAGUGCGAGACAGUGGUGUCCUACAGACCCUUACCCAAGAAGAGUGCAAGUACCAAGAGAGCAUGUUCGAGGUGAUUACAUCAGAAAUGUCGUACUUGCGCUCUCUGCGUGUGCUUACAGAGCAUUUCAUGAAAUCAAGUGACUUGAGUGAAACUCUCAUUAACAGAGACAAAAAAACCCUCUUCUCAAACAUCCUGCGCAUCCAAGAGGUCAGCGAGAGAUUUCUGAAGGACCUGCAGGACAGACUAGAUGAGAGCAUUAUCAUUACAGACAUCUGUGACCUGAUCCACUAUCAUGCCCAACACCAUUUCCCUGUAUAUAUUGACUAUGUUCGAAACCAGGUUUAUCAGGAAAAGACCUACACCACUCUAAUGCAAACUAACUCCCAGUUUGCGACUGUGAUCACCCGACUGCAGGAGUCACCCAAGUGUCAGCGACUGCCUUUCAUGUCCUUCAUGCUGCUGCCCUUCCAGAGAAUCACACGCAUUAAAAUGCUCAUUGAGAACAUCUUGAAGAGAACGGCUAUAGGUACAGAUAAGGAACAAACAUCAUCUAAAGCUCUGGAUUCUGUGUCCAAGAUCAUAGAAGAAUGUAAUACUCAGGUUGGAAAAAUGAAACAGGUGGAGGAACUGAUUCAGAUUAAUGGUAUGCUGGAGUUUGACAAGCUAAAGGCGGUGCCAAUUAUCUCUCAAACACGUUACUUGGAGAAACGUGGAGAGUUGCAGGAAAUAAACAGAGGAGGAACAUUCCUGAAUCUCCGCCCCAGAUUCACCCCUGUCUACCUCUUUCUCUUCAAUGACCUUCUUGUCAUUGCAAGCAAGAAAAGUUCUGAGCGGUAUGUAGUCCUAGAUCAUGCCCAUCGCUCCCUGGUCCAGGUGCAGCCUUUGGGGGAGGACACAUCUGUGCCAAGCCUGGAGAACUGCUUCUGUCUGACCCUGCUGGAGAAUCACCAGGGACGCCAGAUGGAGAGAGUUUUGAAAGCUCCCACACAAUCUGACCUACACAGGUGGUUGGCAGUAAUCCACAAUCCCAACGACCCCAAUAAAGAUCAAGAGGAAGUCAUAUAUGAGGACUGGGAUUGUCCUCAGGUGCAAUGUGUAGAACAGUAUGUGGCAGUUCAGGCAGAUGAGUUAAAUCUGGAGCCUACAGAGAUUGUCAAUGUCACACGCAAAACCAAUGAAGGAUGGUAUGAGGGGAUCCGUCUCUCUGAUGGACAGAAAGGCUGGUUUCCUGAAGCGAACGUACUGGAGAUUACCAAUGAGCACGUCCGACGGCGCAACCUCAGAGAGCGCUAUCGGGUUAUCCAAGCUGCCUGUGUUGUUACCAACAAGACCCGGAGUAUGCCAUAAACUCAAAGCACAACAUCCUGGCAGAUCAGUAUUCUUAAAAUGGGAAUAGUCUUUUAAAUUGUGGACAUUUAAUACAGACUCCAUACUGAUGGAAAGUGUUUUGAAGUAUUUCACACAUCCUUUUUAGGAUCAGAAAUACAAUUCUAUUUUAAACAAAGAACAAGGGAAAGUGGUUUAACCAUGUACAAAAAAAGUCUUCUUGUUACUAAAUCUCAUUUAGGUGUGGUUUCAGUGUGCCCAUUAUGUUCCAUUCAGUUGUUUUGUUAGGAACCUUAUAAUGGAAUUCACAUUGUUUCAGAAAAGUGUGUAUGUGUAUGCGCAUGUGUCUGAGACUGUGCAUGCCUGUGAACUUUAGCACUUGUUUCAUGAAUGUUGAACAACAGAAAUUCCAGUUAAGCAAAUCAGAUGGGUUAAAUGGUGCCUGCUAGUAAAAAUAUAACAUGCUCUGAUCAAGAUGACCAGAAUAUACAUUCUUAAACCUGCAUGGUUAGUCGUGUUAAUGGGGGCAUUGAAUGUGUGCAUUUAGCUUGUGUGUACUGUAAACACAAGUGCUUUUGUGGUACUUGUAAAUGGGAUAUGUUUUUAUUGUACAGUUAAACUUGAGUGUAGCUAACCCAGCCAGAAAAGUGUCUGUAUAUAAAAUGUUUACAGUCAGAGUUAAACAGCAAGGUUCAUCAGUAAGUAUGACCUACUCCAGAUAUACAACACAUGCUGUUGUGAGUCAUGCUAAUAAUUUGCUGACUUUUUAAAGAAUUAAAUUCUCCACUGUGUGCAGACUUGCUCCAUUAAAGCCACACCUCUUGUUUUGUGAGACUUGGUGUGUUUGUGUUUGUAUGUGUGGGUG